GUUUUUGUGUGUUAUUGAUCGAGGAUAGGUCAGACUACCGAACAUGUUUUGAAGUAUUCUUCGUUUAAAAACAAAAUAAAAUGUGUACCAAACACCAUAUCAUAUUAUUUAGCGUUAUAAUUUUGUUUAUUGUCACUAGCUUUCAAAUUGGCAGUACUAGUAGUAAAUCAGUUGACAUAGGAGUACCCUUUAAAGUUGAAGUGCACAAUCCUGAUAGUGGUUGUAAAAUAUACUGUGUCCACCCUUUUGAAACUGUGGGACCUGCCAACAUAUGGAAGACAAUUAAGGUACAGGCUACCUGUAGUGCCAGCCAUGGGAUGUGUUCCAAUCCCGGUGUCAUUGUUGGGGAAAGUGAAGAUGCGUUGGAAGGGAGCUGUACCAAGGGUUGGCUACCAAGUUAUGCUCCCUGGGAGAGUAACUAUGCAAGCCUGUCCCCUUUCAGAAACUCCUGCUUUGCCGUUGUACAUGACGCAGGAUUCAAACUUGAUGUUAAUGCUCACAGUGCAUAUCUGAAUUACAUGGCUCUUUUCAUAUUUGGCAUUAUUUUGUUUUUUACUGCCCCAACAUUGAGCCAAAAUGUGCUUUUUUACUAUUCAUCAGGCAUCGGUAUAGGUAUCAUUGCAUCACUCCUUGUACUUGUUUACAUCUUAAGCAGAAUGGUACCAAAGAGAAGUAGUGCGUUCGCCGUGGUAGUAGUUGGUUGGUCAGGAGCUCUAUACAUUCUACACUGGGUGUUUGAAAACAUUACAAAUGGAGACUACCAAAAUUAUGUGUUUGGUUAUAUUGCGAUGUCCGCUUUAAUAAGCUUUGUUGUGUGCUACUACUACGGGCCCAACUAUCACGAGCGAGCCCAGAAUCUGGUUCAGUGGGCAAUCCAGCUGUGUGCGUUGCUGUGUAUACAUCAAAGUACCCAUGAUGAGCAUGCCGCCGUAGCCAUGAUCGUUGGUCUGCUUUUUGUAAAAAAUUUCCCUUACAAAAUAUUUCAUUUCUCAUUAUCAAAGUUUCGAUGGAAAUGGAAAUCCCACAAGAAACGCAGAUUCCUGACGGAAGAAGAAUAUGAGGAGCAGGCGCGCAAGGAAACUUUGUCAGCUUUAGAAGAACUGAGAAAUCAAUGCUUAAGUCCCCAGGUAGAAACUUGGAAAAUGGUGUCCCGCUUAGAAUCUCCUAAAAGGUUUGCCCAGUUCGUGUUGGGUGACAGUCAUUUGUCUGGAGAUGAGCUCGAUGCUUACGACUCGGACAUUUCAAUGUUGGAGGAUGACGAAGACAACACAUCAGAUAUUAUGACAGAUGAUCUAAGUCUUCUGAUUGACGAAGCUGAGGCCUUGAUAUGAAAGAAUUUGGACACAAACUGAGAGCUAGAUCCCAGAGUGGCAUCCCAUACGAUGAUGUAUUUUGAAUUCUGGGUACCUUAUGAGAUAACCAUGGUAAAGAGGAUUACGAUGAGUAUGUUUGAAUUCUGGGUAUGGAUGUUGAGGUUUAUAGUCAAUGUUCUUAAACUCAGUUACAGUGAACAAUCAAACAUUGUUGUGAGACAAAUUUGUACUGUUAACAAAUGUUAGAUUUUUUGUGUUUAAAAUCCAUUGUUAAUAAAGCUGUGUAGAAAUAAAGGUAUUUUAAAGUUA